UGAGCUGAAACCGUAUUUUGUCAAAUCUCGUUAACAUGCAAAAUUCAAACGUCGGGUGAUUUUAAAAACGCCUUGAAUCAGCGGUCCAGCGAGUCGGCGGUUUCUUUCAUGAUUCAAGAUGGCAGACAGUAGCAAAGAAAAAGUUGAAAUAACAGAAGACCGAAUACAAGAAGCAGAAGAAGUAAAAAUCAAGGCAAACGAAUUUUUUAAAGAUGGACACUAUCAAACGGCGUUCGAACUAUACAGUUACGCCAUAACGUUGAAUCCCACGUGUGCAGUUUAUCAUGGAAACCGAAGCUUCUGCUCUAUAAAACUAGAGAACUAUGGUGAUGCCUUAAAUGAUGCUAACAAAGCCUUGGAAAUCGAUAGAACUUAUAUCAAGGCAUAUUAUAGACGUGCUUCAGCCAAUAUGGUAUUGGGAAAAUUUAAAGCCAGUCUUAAAGAUUACGAAACGGUUGUGAAAUUCCGCCCUAAAGAUAAAGAUGCUAGGUUGAAGUAUACGGAAUGCAAAAAAAUUGUUCAAAAACAAGCAUUUGAAAAAGCAAUUGCUGUCGAUCACAAUAAAAAAUCAUUUUCGGAAACGCUUGAUGUCGACUCCAUAGUUGUUGAAAGUAGUUAUGAUGGCCCACACUUGGAGGAUGGCAAAGUGACGCUAAAGUUUUUACAGGAACUUCUCGAGAGAUUCAAGAACCAAAAGAAAAUUCAUAGAAAAUAUGCAUACACGAUUUUGAUAAAUAUAAAGAACUAUUUCCGUGAAGUCGAUACUUUAUGUGAUAUUUUUAUACCGAAGGAUAAAAGAUUUACAGUCUGCGGAGACAUCCAUGGUCAAUUUUACGAUUUGUUAAAUAUUUUUGAAUUAAAUGGUCUGCCUUCGGAGAACAACCCAUAUCUAUUUAACGGAGAUUUUGUAGACAGAGGCUCAUUCUCAUGUGAAGUUAUCUUUUCUUUGUUCAGUUUAAAACUUUUGUAUCCCGACUGUUUUUUUAUGUCUCGAGGUAAUCAUGAAACUGUUUCAAUGAAUCAGAUGUAUGGGUUUCAAGGAGAAGUCAAAUCAAAAUAUUCAGCCGAUAUGGUCGAACUUUUUACAGAAGUGUACAACUGGCUUCCAUUGGCUCAUCUCAUCAAUAAUAAAGUGAUGGUAAUGCACGGUGGAUUAUUUUCUCGUGAUGAUGUAACUCUUGAGGAAAUAAGAAAAAUUGAUCGAAAUAGACAACCCCCAGAGCAAGGCUUAAUGUGUGAGUUACUCUGGUCAGAUCCACAGGCGCAAGAUGGUAGAUCUCCUAGUAAGAGAGGUGUUGCUAUUCAAUUUGGACCAGAUGUUACUGAGAAAUUCUGUUCUCACAAUAAUUUAGAUUACAUUAUCCGAAGUCAUGAGGUGAAACCUGAUGGAUAUGAGGUGGCACAUGGUGGUAAAUGCAUCACUGUUUUCUCUGCUCCCAAUUACUGCGAUCAGAUGGGUAAUAAAGGAGCAUUUAUAACCAUGGGUAGUGAUCUGAAACCUCAAUUUACCACCUAUAAUGCUGUGCCUCACCCUGAUGUGAAACCAAUGGCGUAUGCUAAUUCGCUCAUGUCUAUGUUUGGCUUUGCAUAAUUUGUUAAUAACUGGUUUAUAGUUAACUGCUGAAUCAUACAUAGAUGCGACAUGAUUUUCUAUAACUAAAAUAUCAUAUCCAGCAUACCAUCUCAAUUCCUAUGAAAAGUAAUCUGAAAAACCUUUUAAGAUUAGCUCAACCUAAUUGCGCGUGGGAAAGACAGAUGUAAAGUAUUAAAGGGAACGAAUUUAUUUUCUAAAAUGUCAAGUUUAAUAAUGCGUGUAAAUAUUUUUCGUUUUAUUGUAUGUAGCUAAUUCAUCUAUUUUUGUAAAACGAUCAAUUUUCAUGGUAAAAAAUUCAAAGUACUUAAA